GUUCGUUCGUCGAAAAACAUUACAAAAUGUCGGGUUGAGACGGCCGUUGCGUCGAUUAAAACAGUGCCGUGGUUAUGUGGAGUGAUUUUGGUGAGGUUUUUGAGGAGGUUGAGAAAGAUGGACGGGAACGUCACCAGGAGGCUUGUUCUAUCCGGUGGAACCCGUAGAUCCGAACUUGUGGGUCUGUUGUCACAAGUUCUUGUUUAUGGGUACCUACUGGUAGAAAAAACGACCAGGAACCAGACGCCAUUUUGAAAAUGAAAAAGUACUAGUUUUGUGGCAGGGUCUGUUUGAGGUAGUAGGUUGUAUAGUAAGUAUUACACCUAUUGGGAGUGCUGUACAGCCUGCUAACUUUCCCAGACCCGAGCCUUUUCAUCUUGAGAAGAAACCCGGAAGAAUUUUGAGGUUUUAGCAUUUUUUAUCAUUGUUAUUUUGUUAUAAGGCAACGCCUCACGAUUGUUUUGUUAAUGAGGCUUAAUUUGCCUAUUCCCUGAGACCCUAACUUGUGAUGUUAAAUGGACUCUCACAAGCUAGCGACUCGGGUAUUGGCGGAUGGCAAUACAUCAACGAGUAACUAAAGACAGGUUUUUUAGUUACACGAAGUUGGUAUUGAUUACGUUGGUAAUAAUUGAUAACUGUCAUUACUCUAACCUAGGAAAAAAACACAGUUUUUAACGUUCUCAACACAAAAUGCACAAUGAUUUAAGUCUUCUAAUUAAGUAUCCAUUAAUUUCCACAAAGUCUCGUAAUGGAUGCAUCCAUUAUAACGGUCGCGUCAUGUGUGGGUCCCGCGAUAUUGAUUUACACGUAAUUGAAAAAAACGUCAAUGGAAAUGUGACUUUCACGCUAAAUACAACAUUUGGGACACAAAUUGAUGAAAAAAUCGCCGAAAUUAAAUCGCACAAUAUCACCGAUUUUCUCGACAAUGUUGUUACAGUUUUGAAGCAAACCCCUCAAAAUCAUGUUAAUUCAUACAAGAGGGUCCUCCACGAGUAUUCCGAAUUUGCGAGGUUUCACUUAAACAUCAGAAAUAGUCAGAUUUCUGAUGAUUUGUUGCUAAUCCGAGUCACAACAGUGGAUGAGGGACGCCGGGAACACCGACUCGAAAUUUCAGUGGAUUUGGACGAACCUCGAGACAUUUUCAAGCCGAUAAAACUCGAACUUCCUGAGUAUUUUUUAAAACAAUUUGGAAAAUUUUCCAACUUGACGGAGGUCUACAGUCGAUUUUUGGCAUCUCUCGAGGACUUGCAGCCGCUUUUUGACAUUAUGGACGAACUAGAUGAAAAUUGUGGGGUUUUGGACCCCGAAAAGCCGACACGGGGGGACUCCCAUCGCCGGAUUUGGCUCGACCAGAAUUUGUCAGUGAUCGUGACUAUUGACCCUCUGAACGUGAAGGCAAGACCGGAAUUGAAAUUCCUCGGGCCUGAACGACGCGUCAGUCAAUGUCUGGAAAAACUGAGCCGGAAAUUGGACGAAUGGGACGACAGUGGUGACUUUUUCGAACAAUUAUUGAAAAUUUUAGAUCUCAAUAAAUUCCCUCAAAAACCGAAAACGGACCGAGACACGUUGAUGGAUGUUGGGGAGUGCUGUAUUUGUUUUUCCCUACGUCUCAACGAGAAAAUGCCCGAAAUUAUAUGCGGAAAUAAAUCAUGCGAGAAUUUUUUCCACGUCCAAUGUUUAUAUGAGUGGUUAAGUUCAGUCAACUCGAAACGAAUUUUGAACCAAAUCCACGGCCAAUGUCCCAACUGUGAAAAGGGGAUUUCGUGUCCAUUACCCGACGAUAAUGCUGUCGCAAUAAAAUGAAACAAGUAUUGGUUCAAUUUUAUUACCUAAACCUUAAUACAAAAUAGUUUAAAAUACCACAAUUUUGUUCCUAUGGGUGUGGGACAAGUCAUCGUCUAAAGUUAAAAGGACCAUGAACGUGAAAAACAUCCCAAUGGCACUUAAAAAGUGCCAAAUGUCGUGGAAGUCGUAAAAUCUCAAUAGUUUACACUCUUGGUUAAAUUGUCUUGAUUGUGCGGGGGUUCUCUGAAAAAAAAUUAAACAGCGACUGAAAAAAUAAUUGUGAUACUUACCGACCAGGAAAUACUUUUAUUUAGGAAAAAAUACAUUGCUGAAAUGGCACAAAGUGUUGACAAAGAUAGGAAGAAUAGUGACAAUUUGUUGACUUUUUCCUUGUUGAUAAUCUAGUAAUAAAAAAUUAAAUAUGUAA